AUGUCCAUGCAACUUGCGGUGUCCAAGGUGGCUGUUGGACACAAGUGUCCAUUGCUCCCACCGGAAGUUCAGGGAGUUAGUGGUACAGGGAACACACUAAAGGCCAGCAACAGCGACUGCCCUCCAGCCCUGCACUUGGAGAACAAGUGGUGUGCCCACAGUCUGCUCAGGCAGGAGAGGAGGGCGGCAGGCCCAUCCAGGGAUGAGGACCAUAGCGUCAGCGAUGCCCACAGCCGCCAGCAGGGGCCGCAGCACACCUGGCUCAGCACUGGCCUGACGCAGAGCAGAAAGGCGAUGGACGGGUCACAAGCUCGCUCCAACCAUGUCUGUGACAGUGAAACAGUUCCAUGCAGCACAGCCCCUCAGACCGUGGAAUACUACAUGGCUGUCAAAAAGAACAAGGCCACCUCCCAGAGACUUCAUGAAAGGCCUCCCAAGCAUAGAACCCCUGUCCCUGGCCCUGCCACCCAGGUGGUCCUGGCAGCAACAGGGGAGCCCACCAGUGUCACAUCCCCACCCUCUCCCCAGUCGCCCACUGUGGAGUGCUCCCCUUUCCUUCCACAACCCACAUCCCCCCCACCCCCAGGCUCAGAAACUGACAACAUGAUUCCGCUGCCUCCUGGACCCCAGCCCCUGAAUAUCAUCUACACAGAGCAGACAUGUGCCUGCAGGUACUCACCAAUGGAUUUGCUGGGGCCCAGCCUGGAUUUGGGGAAAGCUUUUCUCACCAAGGGGCUCCCUGGCACAGCAGCCCCCGACGGCGGUCUCCAGGAGGAGGCAGCCGCGGCCGCGGGGAAGGAGGAUGCGGGGGCGGCCGAGGCCAAGCCUGAGCCUGAGCCCGGGCGCGCUCGCCGUGACGAGCCCGAGGAGGAUGAGGACGAUGAGGACGACCUCAAGGCCGUGGCCACCUCCUUGGACGGCCGCUUCCUCAAGUUUGACAUCGAGCUGGGCCGUGGCUCCUUCAAGACGGUCUACAAGGGGCUGGACACCGAGACCUGGGUGGAGGUGGCCUGGUGCGAACUGCAGGACCGCAAACUCACCAAGCUGGAGCGGCAGCGGUUCAAGGAGGAGGCUGAGAUGCUGAAGGGCUUGCAGCACCCCAACAUCGUGCGCUUCUAUGACUUUUGGGAAUCCAGCGCCAAGGGCAAGCGCUGCAUUGUGCUGGUGACCGAGCUGAUGACCUCAGGGACGCUGAAGACGUACCUGAAGCGGUUCAAGGUGAUGAAACCCAAGGUGCUUCGCAGCUGGUGCCGGCAGAUCCUUAAGGGCCUGUUGUUCCUGCACACACGAACGCCGCCCAUCAUCCAUCGAGACCUGAAAUGUGACAAUAUUUUUAUCACCGGACCGACCGGAUCUGUGAAGAUCGGCGACUUGGGCCUUGCCACCCUCAAAAGGGCAUCGUUUGCCAAAAGUGUGAUAGGUACCCCUGAGUUCAUGGCGCCUGAAAUGUACGAGGAGCACUACGAUGAGUCCGUCGAUGUCUAUGCCUUCGGGAUGUGCAUGCUGGAGAUGGCCACCUCAGAGUACCCCUACUCGGAGUGCCAGAACGCCGCACAGAUCUACCGGAAGGUCACCUGUGGUAUCAAGCCGGCCAGCUUUGAGAAAGUCCAUGAUCCUGAAAUCAAGGAGAUUAUUGGGGAGUGUAUCUGCAAAAACAAGGAGGAAAGGUACGAGAUCAAAGACCUCCUGAGCCACGCCUUCUUCGCAGAGGACACCGGUGUGAGGGUGGAGCUGGCAGAGGAGGACCAUGGCCGCAAGUCCACCAUCGCUCUGCGACUCUGGGUGGAAGACCCCAAGAAACUGAAGGGAAAACCCAAGGACAAUGGGGCCAUUGAGUUUACCUUCGACCUGGAGAAAGAGACACCCGACGAGGUGGCCCAGGAGAUGAUUGAGUCUGGAUUCUUCCAUGAGAGUGACGUGAAGAUUGUGGCCAAGUCCAUCCGUGACCGCGUGGCGUUGAUCCAAUGGCGGCGGGAGAGGAUCUGGCCCGUGCUGCAGCCCAAGGAGCAGCAGGAUGCAGGCAGCCCUGACAAGGCCAAGGGGCCACCGGUGCCCCUGCAGGUCCAGGUGACCUACCACACGCAGGCUGGGCAGACCGGGCCACCAGAGCCUGAGGAGCCAGAAGUCGACCAGCACCUCCUCCCACUUACGCUGCCAACCAGUGCCACCUCCCUGACCUCGGACAGCACCUUCGACAGUGGCCAGGGAUCCACAGUCUACUCGGACUCCCAGAGCAGCCAGCAAAGUGUGGUGCUGGGCUCUCUUGCAGACACAGCACUGCCCCCCACCCAGUGUGUGUGCAGCCCCCCCAUGAGUGAGGGGCCCGUCCUGCCUCAGAGCCUGCCCUCACUGGGGGCCUACCAGCAGCCUGCAUCUGCGCCUGGCCUGUCGGUGGGCUCCGUCCCAACCCCUGCCCACCCUCCACUCCUCCAGCAACACUUCCCGGAGCCCGCCAUGAGCUUUGCCCCAGUGCUGCCGCCACCCAGCACACCUGCACCCACAGGCCCAGGCCAAUCAGCACCCGCUGGCCAGCAGCCUCCUCCACUGGCCCAGCCAACGCCCCUGCCGCAGGUCCUGGCCUCACAGCCCAUGGGUCCCCUCCAGCCGGUGCCCCCCCACCUGCCUCCAUACCUGGCUCCAGCCUCCCCGGUGGUGGUCCCUGCCCAGCUGAAGCCCCUCCAGAUGCCACAGACGCCCCUGCAGCCACUUGCUCAAGUCCCUCCACAGAUGCCCCCGAUUCCUGUCGUGCCCCCCAUCACACCCCUGGCGGGAAUCGACAGCCUCCCCCCAGCCCUCUCUGACCUGCCGGCCACGAACGUGCCCCCUGUGCCGCCUCCUCAGUAUUUCUCUCCGGCUGUCAUCUUGCCGAGCCUCGCCAGCCCCCUACCCCCUGCAUCCCCGGCCCUACCUCUGCAGGCGGUCAAGCUACCCCACGCCCCCGGGGCACCCCUGGCCAUGCCCUGCCGGACCAUUGUGCCAAACACACCAGCCACCAUCCCCCUGUUGGCCGUGGCCCCACCAGGCGUGGCCGCCCUGUCCGUUCACCCCGCGGUGACCCAGCUCCCAGCCCAGGCCAUGUACCCGGCAGCCUUUCCACAGAUGGCACCAGGCGAUGUCCCACCUUCUCCCCACCAUGUAGUGCAGAACAUGCGGGCCACCCUUCCACAGUCCACACUGCCCCCACAAUCAUCGCUGCCCCCACAGCCAACACUGCCCCCCCAGUCCAUGCUGCCCUCCCAAUCACCAGCACUACACCCCCAGUCGACUCUGCCCCCUCAGUCCAUGCUGCCCCAACAGCCGGCACUGCCCUUGCAGUCUACACUGCCUCCUCAAUCCACACUGCCCCCGCAGCCGGCACUGCCUCCCCAGCCAGGGCUGCCCACGCACCCUGAGCCCCUCCAGCCUGGCACUGUCCACCUUCCGGAGCAGGCUGCUCCGGGCACCGUGCCAGGGAGCCAGAUCCUGCUUGGCCACCCACCUCCCUAUGCCAUGGACAUUGCCACUCAGGUCCCUGCUGUGCCCGUGCCGCCAGCUACUGUUCUCUCCCCACCUCUGCCAGAAGUGCUGCUGCCUGCCGCCCCCGAGCUCCUGCCUCAGUUCCCCAGCUCCCUGGCCUCCGCAGCAGUGGCAGCUGCUCAGAGUGUGCCCACUCAGACCACCACACUCCUGCUGCCGGCCAACCCACCACUGCCCGGUGGGCCCGUGAUGGCCAGCCCCUGCCCGGCUGUCCAGCUGACAGUGGAACCAGCCCAAGAGGAGCAGGCUUUGCAGGACAAGCAGCCGGGCCUCCCACAGAGCUGUGAGAGCUACGGAGGCUCUGAUGUCCCAUCUGGAAAAGAGCUGAGUGACAGCUGUGAAGGCACCUUUGGAGGGGGUAGGUUGGAGGGCAGGACCGCCCGUAAACACCACCGCAGGUCCACGCGUGUGCGCUCCCGGCAGGAGAGGGCCAGCCGGCCCCGGCUGACCAUCCUCAACGUGUGCAACACAGGGGACAAGAUGGUGGAGUGCCAGCUGGAGACACACAACCAUAAGAUGGUGACCUUCAAGUUUGACUUGGAUGGGGAUGCACCCGAUGAAAUCGCCACCUACAUGGUGGAGCACGACUUCAUCCUGCAGGCCGAGCGGGAGACAUUCAUCGAGCAGAUGAAGGACGUCAUGGACAAGGCAGAGGACAUGCUCAGCGAGGACACAGAUGUUGACCAUGGCUCCGACCCGGGCACCAGCCCGCCUCACCUCAGCACCUGUGGCCUGGGCAUGGGAGAGGAGAGUCGCCAGUCCCAAGCCAAUGCCCCUGUGUACCAGCAGAACGUCCUACACACUGGAAAGAGGUGGUUCAUCAUCUGUCCCGUGGCCGAGCACCCAGCGCCAGAGGCCUCCGAGGCUUCACCCCCACUUCCUCUAGGCUCCCUGCAGCCAGAUGCCAGCCAAGAUUCAGCACCCUAUAAAGACCCGCUGUCCUCAAAAGAACAAGCUGGCUUCCUAGUUGGUCAGCAGCUCCUGAGCCAGGCGGGCAUCGGCAACCCUCCCAGCGGGGUACCCACCCCUCUGGCACCUUCUCCCCCUCCUGUGACUGCUCUGCCCCAAGAUGCAGCAGCACCAGCCACCAGCACCAUGCCAGAGCCAGUGUCAGGGACUGCCAUCCAGGCAGGGGGCCCAGGGACUCCUCAGGGGUUAAAUGAGCCAGAGACAUCCCAGACCCUAGCGGAGACUCACGACACUCCGCCAGCUGCCCAACCCCUGAUGGUGGGUCUGGGACCUGGAGCCCCAGCUCCAGAGGCUAUCACAACCAGGGAGACCAGUGCCCCCAUGGAGGCCCUGCUGGCCCCCGUGCCUGAGCCCAGCCCCCACAGUGGGACUGCACAGCCCACCAUGGGCCCACCCGGUCCCCCACUCCCCGCUGCUGUGGGGGCUGUCAGCCUGGCCGCCUCCCAGCUCCCAAGCCCACCCUUGGGGCCCACCGCACCUCCGCAGCCGCCCUCAGCCCUGGAAUCAGAUGGGGAAGGGCCACCCAGGGUGGGCUUUGUGGAUAGCACAAUUAAGAGCCUGGACGAGAAGCUGCGAACUCUACUCUACCAGGAGCACGUGCCCACCUCUUCAGCCUCAGCUGGUACCCCCGUGGAGGGGGGCGACAGAGACUUCACCCUAGAACCCCUGAGAGGGGAACGGCCUCGCUCAGAGGCCUGCCUGGGGGAUCUGAUCCUGCCUCCAGCACCUAGUGACGCGGCCCCGGGGCGUGCGAGGCUAUCCCAGCCCUCGUUGGAAAAGUCAGAACUGGUCCCUGUUCUAAGGGGCAUGAUGGAGCUGCGCAUGUCUUCACUAAGGACAGCAGAGUCAUCUCCUAGCAGCACACUGGGCUAUGACAGAGAUGGAGGGCAGGUGGUCUCGGAUGCCCCUGUGGUGCCCAGCAUCCCCCAGGAUGCACCUGCUUCUAUGAGCCCUGCACACACAGAGCCCUUGGACAGGGAUGCCGGAGUUCCCAGGGAAGGCUCGGCAGGGCCCCCGCUGAGCAGCAUGGGGACAUCCACAAAGGGCAUCCAGGCCAGUCACCCCCAGACACGCGGCGCCUGGGCCUCAGGGUCCCCUAGGAAGUGGCCGGGGCAGCAGGACAGCAGCUCACCAGCCAAGACCGUGGGCCGCUUCUCGGUGGUCAGCACACAGGAUGAGUGGACGCUGGCCUCCCCCCACAGCCUGAGGUACUCCGCCCCACCUGACGUCUACCUGGAUGAGGCCCCCUCCAGCCCUGAUGUGAAGCUGGCAGUGCGGCGAGUGCAGACAACCUCCUCCAUUGAGGUUGCCGCAGGCGAGCCCGUGUCCAGUGACUCUGGGGACGAGUGCCCUCGGGGAAGGCCCCCGGUACAGAAGCAGGCAUCUCUACCCAGUAGUGGCAGUGUGGCCGGCGACUUCAUGAAGAAGGCCACCGCCUUCCUGCAUAGGCCCUCACGGGCUGGCUCUCUGGGCCCAGAGACACCCAGCAGGACAGGUGUGAAGGUGCCUACCAUCAGCGUGACAUCCUUCCACUCCCAGUCAUCCUACAUCAGCAGCGACAAUGACUCAGAGUUCGAGGAUGCAGACAUUAAGAAGGAGCUGCAGAGUCUACGGGAGAAGCACCUGAAGGAGAUCUCGGAGCUGCAGAGCCAGCAGAAGCAAGAGAUUGAGGCUUUGUACCGCCGGCUGGGCAAGCCACUGCCCCCCAGUGUGGGCUUCUUCCACACGGCACCCCCCACCGGCCGCCGGAGAAAGACCAGCAAGAGCAAGCUGAAGGCGGGAAAGCUGCUCAACCCCCUGGUUCGGCAGCUCAAGGUCGUGGCCUCCAGCACAGGUCACUUGGCUGACUCCAGCAGAGGCCCUCCCGCUAAGGACCCUGCCCAAGCCAGUGCGGGGCUCACUGCAGACAGCACGGGCCCAUGCGGGAAGGCAGUGCAGACCCAGCAGCCCUGCUCCGUCCGGGCCUCCCUGUCUUCAGACAUCUGCUCCGGCUUAGCCAGUGAUGGAGGUGGAGCGCGUGGCCAAGGCUGGACGGUUUACCACCCAACGUCUGAGAGAGUGACCUAUAAGUCUAGUAGCAAACCUCGUGCUCGAUUCCUCAGUGGACCCGUAUCUGUGUCCAUCUGGUCUGCCCUGAAGCGUCUCUGCCUAGGCAAAGAACACAGCAGUAGGUCCUCUACCAGCAGCCUGGCCCCAGGCCCCGAGCCGGGCCCACAGCCCCCACUGCACGUCCAGGCACAGGUGAACAACAGCAACAACAAGAAAGGCACCUUCACAGACGACCUGCACAAGCUGGUAGACGAGUGGACAAGCAAGACUGUGGGGGCCACGCAGCUGAAGCCCACCCUCAACCAGCUGAAGCAGACCCAGAAGCUGCAUGACAUGGCCGCCCAGGCGGGCCGCACUGCUCCAGGCGAGGCUCAGGCUAUGACUGUACCUCGAGCAGGAGUGGGGAUGCCACGUCUGGCCCCAGCGCCUGGCCCUCUGUCCACCACAGUCAUUCCUGGAGCCACCCCGGCCCUGCCCAUGUCCAUACCAGAUCCUGAAAGCGAGAAGCCCGACUGACCCACCCAGAUGCCAGGCCCACAUCAUGUCUAAGCGGAGAAGUGACGGGACCCUGAGGGCCAGCCUGCUUCUCCUGUCCAGUUCACUCUGUUUUGUAACCACUUUCUAAGCAUUUUUUAUUCACAAUUGGAAACACAAGUGUAAUGCAAGAAUAAAACAUAUUUUGGGGGAGAAAGGA